GUAGACAUGGCCUCCGCCAGCAGCCUCCUAUAUGAAGAACAGCUCCUGUGUUCAAUCUGUCUGGAUGCGUUCAAUGAACCUGUCACUACUCCAUGUGGACACAACUACUGCAAGUCUUGUAUCACAGGGUACUGGGUCAGCAGUAACCAGAUCCAGUGUCCCCUUUGUAAGAGGAAGUUCCGCAAGAGACCUCAGCUUCAGGUCAACACAGAGUUCAGAGACAUGGUGGAGCAAUUCAACAACAUGAAGGUGAGGGGUGAAGAUGACAUCCCUGCCAAACCAGGGGAGGUGCCCUGUGACAUCUGCCUUGAGCCGAAGCGCAAAGCACAGAAGACGUGCCUGGUGUGUUUGGCCUCAUACUGCCAGACUCACCUGGAGCCUCAUCAGAGAGUCACAACCCUUAAAAAACACCAGCUGAUUAAUCCUGUGUCAAACCUUGAGGACAGGGUGUGUAAGAAGCACGACAAGAUGUUUGAGUUCUUCUGUUACACAGACCAGGCGUGUAUUUGUUCCAUGUGCCUGAAAGACAAUCAUGCAACACAUGGCGCUGUGCCAUUAGAGCAUGCGUUCAGAGACAGGAAAGCCCAGGUGGGCUCUGUGACAUCAGAGUUAAAAAAUAUGGAAAACAUUAAAUCUAGGAAUAUUAAGGAAAUUAAAAGCUUCCUUGAAAGAAACAAAAGAAGGUCAGAGAAAGAGAUAGCAGACAUUGCUGAGGUUUUCACUGCUCUGCUGGUCUCUCUGCAAAGAAGCCAGACUAAGCUGUUUGAGGUGAUCCAGGAGAAGCAGAAAGCAGCACGGAAGGAGGCUGAAGACCACCUGACAAAGCUGGAGCAAGAAGUCGCUGAGUUGAGGAGGAAAAGAUCUGAAAUGGAACAACUUUUACAAACAGACGACCACUUCAGCCUUCUGCAGAGCUGUCCAUCUCUCUCCGUCCCUGCACACACUGUCGUAUCCGAUGCUCUGACCCAAGCCACCAAGCCAAUAGACCUCACUGACAUCAGUCAGCAGAGCUUUGUGGAGAAGGUGAAAAAAGCAGGGGCUCAGGUGGAAAAGAUGCUCAAUAAUAAGACAGAGAUGAUUAUUCAUGAGGUCAGGUUAUCUGAUGGUUGUGAGGCUGCUGAACGGACUCUCAAAGAAGUGUGGUCACCACCUGAGGACAAGCUGAUGAUGAUCCAGCAGUGCAAUGCAAUGGAUGUGACUCUGGACACCUACUCAGCUAAUUCCAGACUCCUGGUGUCUGCGGAUGGGAAACAACUGAGAUUUCAUAAAGGUCUACCGUUUGCUUUAUUUGGGAGAAGAUUUCAGCAUCAGGCCUUUGUCCUUGGGAAAGAGGGUUUUUCCACAGGCAGGUUCUACUAUGAGGUUCAGGUCAGUGGGAGUAAGGGCUGGCUCUUGGGAGUGGUCAAAGAGUCCUUAAAGAGGGAGAUACUUCACUAUCCCACCCCAGGGGAUGGAGGCUGGACACUUGGUGGAUUCUGCGAUCAAAUCCAAGAGAUGUGUUUUGUUACCUCUGAUUGCUCUGCUCGCCUGUUCAUGAGGCAAACGCCCCAGAAAGUUGGUGUGUUUGUUGAUUAUGAGAAGGGAGAGGUCUCCUUCUAUGACAUGGAUGACAGGAGUGUGAUCCACUCCCACACAAGAUGUGCCUUCAUUGAGACCCCAACAGUUUUAAAAGCCCUUCUUUAUUCUAUGGCUGGCACAUCUUUAAGUGGCAGACAAAAGCUCUACCCUAUUUUUGGUAUCAUCGAUGAUGAUCCUGACAACAUGCUUGAAAUCACCCCAGUGACUUGGGUAACCUAAAGUGCCAUACAUAUCAGGGUACAUGAACCUACCUAAAGGUUAUUGUAGUGGUAUUACACAUUACAAAAAGACUAAACUUAAAGCGUAAAAGAGUAAUAUAUAUAUAUAUAUAUAUAUAUAUAUAUUCCUUGAUUUUAUUCUUAGCUUUUUGUUUUACUAGCCAUAUUGCAAUUAGUCAGAUAUUGGACUGAACAAAGCAGGUAAGAUUACUUAGAUGACCGCUGGUGAUGAUGAGGUUAAUUUCAGAUCAGGUAGAAAGGUAGAUCAGGCAUAUACUAUAUUUACAUCAAUGGUCGGUUUCUUUAGAGACCUCACUGUAGGAUGAAACAACCACAAGGAGUGGACAAUGGCUUCAUACAUACCCAAUUUCUUCUUUGGCACUUUUAGAAAUGCUUUUGUUGUAUAGUUUUAACAUUUAUCAAUGAGUCAAUCUACAGGUGACCUUUAUAAGAGAUCUUUAUUGAGAGAUCGCAAAGACUGGUAGUAGUGAUGGGGUUGAAAGUAAAAAUAUAUAUAUUAAUGAAACAAUAUUUGUGAGAGGGACUGAUGAAAAAGAAAUCAUUGACACUGUAAAAAAACUUAAGAAAGAGAAGUCUACAAUCUGAAAUGGUCUUGACAUGACUACAGUUAAAAAUAUCAUUGAUUGUAUAGCUAAACCCCUGUCUCACAUCUGUAGCCUGUCUCUACAAACCGGGAUAUUUCCAAAUAAAAUGAAAACAGCAAAAGUUAUACCCGUAUACAAAUCCGGAGACAGACAUACACUGUCAAACUACAGACCGGUUUCUCUGCUCCCACAGUUUUCUAAAAUACUGGAAAAAAUAUUUUAUAUACGAUUGGAUGAAUUCAUUACAAAACACAACGUACUGUAUGAACAACAAUAUGGUUUCAGAGCUAAAAGGACAACAUCAUUUGCACUCAUAAAAUUUGUAGAAAAAAUCACAACGGCAAUAGAGAACAAAGAAUAUGCGGUGGGGAUAUUUCUUGAUUUAAAAAAAGCAUUUGAUACAGUAGACCAUGAAUUAUUAAUAAAAAAAACUACAACUAUAUGGCAUCAGAGGGACAGCAUCAUCCUGGAUAUCCAGCAGUAUGUAGAAAUAAACGAUAAUAAGUCACAAUUGCAGGAGAUCACGUGUGGAGUGCCCCAGGGCUCAGUACUAGGACCAUUGUUAUUCAUACUAUACAUUAACAAUAUAUGUGAAAUAUCAAAAACCCUACAUACAAUUCUGUUUGCAGAUGACACAAACUUGCUCUGCUGUGGGGAUAACUUGGAGCAACUCUUGGACACUGUAGAAAAGGAGCUGAGCAGGAUGAAAACUUGGUUUGAUCAAAAUCACUGAACUGAACUUAAACAAAACAAAAUUCAUAAUCUUUGGGAAUAGAUCGACAAACUCAGACAAGAAACUCAUGAUAAAUUAUAUAGAAAUUGAAAGGGUAACAGAAAUUAAAUUUCUCGGAGUAAUAAUUGACAGUAAAUUAAACUGGAAGCCACACAUAAAGCAUAUUAAUGUCAAAAUAUCCAAAUCACUUGCAAUAAUGAAUAAAGUCAAAUACCUAUUAAAUCAAGCCUCACUAUAUACAUUGUACUGUUCCUUCAUACUUCCAUACAUCAGUUACUGUGUGGAAGUAUGGGGGAACACUUACAAAACAAACACACAUCCAGUAUUCAUCCUGCAAAAAAGAGCAAUUCGAAUCAUAAACAAAACCACAUACAGAGAACCUACAAAUUCACUUUUUAUCAAAUUAAAAACACUACAAUUCCAAGAUCUGGUUGAUUAUAAAAUUAUUCAAAUCAUGUACAAAGCAAUAAAUCAUCAAUUACCUGUCAGUGUCCAAGAGUUGUUCCAACUGAGAGAAAGUAAACAUAAUAUCAGAGGAAUCCACAUAUUCAAGAAACCAUCAAUCAGAACAACUGCAAAACUUCAUUGUCUUUCAGCCAAGGGUAUAAAUUUAUGGAAGAGCAACAACAAUGAAAUAAAAACAUAUGAAACUUUAACUAAACUAAAAAAACUAUUCAGAAAGAAAGUAUUGCGCAAAAAUGAGAUGGAACAGUGAUUUUUGUCUUGUUUUGUGAAUUGUGUUUUGUCUCGCUGGAAUGUUGUUUGAAAAUUCUGGUGUAUUUGUCUGUUAUUGUAUUAUAUCUUGAAAAUCGAACUUUGAGGGUUUUUUUGUAUUUUUUUUUUUGUUAAAUUGCACACAUAAAAUAUAAGGGGGGUAGGACUAGAAAAGUUUUUUUUUAACUUCUUCUUACCCCUUUUGAACAUGACCAAUAUCAUUUAAGUUGUCUAUUAUUUGAUUCUGCUUUCCUUGUUUUGUUUUUUUAUGUUGUAUGCUUUAUUUUGUUUGACUUUUUGUUUCUUUUAACAUGUUCAAUAAAAUUGUUCAAUCAAAUAAUCACUUUAAUAUUGGAAUAAUCAUUUAAGUGAUAGUAAACUAAUUUACUUUUGGUUUUGAACUGCUUCAACUGGGCUGACAUAGUCUUUGGGGAUGCACAUUUUUUUCAGUUAAGAUUACUGAACACCUGCUUUAUGCUGAGUAGCAAUAAUAUUGUUUAUCAAUGAGUUCUUGAAAAUUUAGUAUUCAAUAGUGUGCAAAUGACAUGUAUCCUUUUAUGUUUUGAUCACUCCAUUUGACACCCACUGAAGACAGGGUUCCACCAUUGUUUUAAGCAAGCUUUUUUGGAAGGCCAAGACAUAUCUAAUGAAUAAGCUUAAAAAGCAGGUGUUUGUUUUGUAUGUACUAUG